AUGGAUGAAAUCACACCGGGGCUCUUUUACUUCCCCGCCUGCAACGAGUUUAUCUCUGGGGCGCUGGCCGUGGGCGGGCGUGUCCUGGUGCACUGCAUGGCGGGGCAGUCGCGAAGCGCAACAGCGGCGGCGGCGUACCUGAUGCACGAGCAAAAACUGACGGCAGAGCAGGCCGUGCAGGCGGUGAAGCAGCGGAGGCCUCAGAUCUACCCGAACCAGGGCUUCCUAGACCAGCUGGACCUGUACUACGACCUCGGGUACGAGGUGACUGAGGCCAAGCCGCUGUACCGGCGGUUCCUUAUCAACCACAGUGCUGAGUAUUUCCGCGAGUACGGAAGCGUGCAGCAUGUGGCGUCCGGAGCCGACCCAAGUGCGCUGGCCGCCAAGGCUGGCGGCGCCGAGCGCUCGGCACGGUGCAAGAAGUGCCGCCGCGUGCUGGUGACCGAGGUUAAUAUCCUGGAGCACCAGGCUGGCGCCGGCCAAAUGGCCUUUUCGUACAACAAGCGUAAUGCUAGCGGUGCCGAGACGCCGCACGCGUUUUCGCAGAACCACGCGUGCUCAUCGCUGUUUGUCGAGCCGAUGGAGUGGAUGGAGGGCAUUAGCGAGGGCCUGGUGGAGUCCAAGAUCGCCUGUCCCAAGUGCCAUGCCAAGCUGGGCGCAUACAACUGGGCCGGCGCCCAGUGCUCGUGCGGCAAGUGGAUCACGCCGUCGUUUCAGAUCCACCGCAACCGCAUCGACGAGCUGCGCAAACGAUAG